AUGUGUAAAAGUGACAAAUUUUCUCACAAGACAGACUGCACACAGGCAUUCGUAGCAGACGACCUUUGUCAUUUAUCGACUGUACGUCAUGUUAUAUUGAUAUUGUCAGGUAAAGGAGGUGUGGGAAAGAGUACUGUUGCUACUCAACUGACUUUAGGAUUAAAAGCAGCUGGAAAAAAGGUUGGAAUACUAGAUAUAGAUUUAUGUGGCCCAAGCAUACCAAAGAUGUUUAAUCUAUCAAAUCAGGAUAUACACCAGUGUUCUGAAGGAUGGUUACCAGUAUAUGUGGAUAAAGAGCAAACAUUGGGUGUUAUGUCUAUUUCAUUUUUACUAGAAGAUCAAAAUGAUGCUGUUGUCUGGAGAGGACCAAAGAAGACAGCAAUGAUUAAACAGUUUCUAAAUGAUGUUUAUUGGAAAGAUUUAGAUUAUUUAAUAAUUGACACUCCACCAGGAACAUCUGAUGAACAUAUUACAGUCAUGGAGAAUUUAAAACAAUAUAAUCCAGAUGGUGCUAUAUUAGUUACUACACCACAGGCAGUAUCAGUAGGUGAUGUUAGAAGAGAAUUAACAUUCUGUAAAAAGACACACAUACCUGUCAUUGGUAUUAUAGAAAAUAUGAGUGGUUUUGUUUGCCCAAAUUGUUCAGAAUGUACAAAUAUAUUUUCUAAAGGUGGUGGAGAAGCCUUAGCUAAACAGUCAGGUGUGCCAUUUCUUGGUUGUAUACCAAUUGAUCCCCAGAUAACUCAAACAACAGAUGACAAUCAAACUUUUGCACAAAGAUGUCUUAAUUCAUCAUCUAUGUCCUCCAUUCAGAAAAUAGUUGAUAAGUUCAUCACAAUAGACAAAGAUUUUCUGUGAAAGAAACAUGUGCCUUAUGGAAGAUUUUAAGUUUGAUUGAAUUAAGGUCCAAAAUGAAGAUGACUGAUGAAAAUGAACCAAGAAGAUGCAAACAACUGAUAAUAUGGUAAAUGAGGCUUUUUGUUUGCCAAUACCACAUCACGGUUGUGUUUAAAUUAAAAACUUUUGCAGCAAGGAAAACAGGACCAAAUACUUUUGCAAUAUUGUCAAAAUUGUGAUGAACAUGUUUGACUUCAUAUCAAGGAUGGAAAUAACAACUUAGUUAUAAUAGUUGUCAUAGACUUCCAUAUUGAAGGAAUGGUUGAAAAUAAUUCUAGUUUAAAAAAUUUAUUACUAAUCUUAUAAAAGACAUAAGAUACAUCAUACAAUAUUGAUCAUCACAAGAACUAAAUUCAUCAUUGAAAGAAAGACAAUUAUGUACAUUAUUGAGUUUCAAAUAAAAAAAAUCAAUUGAUUAUUAUUGGAAAUUGUGGUUAUUUUAGAAAUUGGAAUGUUCUUUAUCUAAAAUCAUUCGAGACAUACAAAAAUACUUAAACUUAAAUGAACUAAUAUUAUUUUAGAAUAUGAAAGUGAACCUUCUCUUACACAGCCAAGAUAUGGAGGCACAUCUGCAUGAAUUUAUAAAAACAUACAUACAAACUCAAACAGUCCAUUUGAUUUGAAGACAGACUUAUAUUUUUUACAUUUGUAAAAUGGAUUACAUUUUGAAAUCAGUACCAGAUAAGCAUAAAUACCAGUGCUUUACUGUACAUAUACAAUCUUAAAAACAUUUUUCCAAAUAUAAUAUACUUUGGAAAGAAGGAAAGUUUGGCCCUGAAUAUUUAUGUCGUGGAAUUCAAUAAAGAUUGAGAUUGAGACAAUAAAUAAAUAUUUGUUAAUAAACAAUAUUAUGAAUAUGUGCACCAAGAAUUGCUUUCAAUACAUCUAGUAUUUAUUGCAACAAUGUUAUUUGCUCUAUGAUCAUUUGUAAAGAAUCUAGAUGGAAGUUAAGCAUAUUUUAAAUUAAUAUAAUAAAAUUAAAAUUAUUGCAAUACACAUAUAUUUUAAGUAGAUAAUCCUCAAACUAACAAAAAUAUCCU